AUGCCAAUCAUUCACUCAGGCUCGUCACAGCCGGUCACAUUCAAGUAUAUUGCAAAUAUUCCUCUUUGGCAAUCUGAGAAGCCUUAUGUGAUCGACCAGAUACCAGAUAUUCCAGAGGGGUCCUUGUCAAACUUGAUCUACGAGGAUCAUGAGUCGCACAGCCUCCAUAAUCUUCGGGGUUACGAGGAAGGAGUCAAUACAUUUGACAACUCUUUUCAGUUUAUCAAGCAUCCCACGAAGUUAACUGCUCUUGCGGAAGAAGAAAUGAUGGUACCCUACGCAGAGGAGAUAAAUGAUCUUUUGAAGACCAUCUUCAAAACCGAUCAUGUGAUAACUUACGAUCUACGAUCCAAGGCUGGCAAGAAGGGAAUAGCUCAGACAGAACAGGAAGUUCACCCAAGCCGAAAGCUUUUCAAAGAGCCGCAAGGUUGCAUCUCCUACUGUCUCAAUUACCAUUCAAGAGACGGUGGCUGGGAUCGGGUUGCCCGCCAUUUAACCGAUGAGGAACUCGCCAAAUUCAAGUCUGGCAAAUGGAGGGCUAGAAUCGUGAAUGUGUGGAGGCCACUGAUUCCGAUUGUCGAGGAUAACCCCAUCGCAUUCCUCGAUCCCGCUACCGUUCACGACGAGGAUCUUGUGGAGGUUGACAGAGUAUCCCCCAUCAGCUGCGGCAGGAUGUACAACAUCAAAUUCAAUCCUGCGCAAAAAUGGUACUGGAUCAACAAUCAAAGCUCAGAGGAGAUCGCUGUGUUUGUUUGCUUCGACUCUCAUCCGCCUGAUGGAAGGUUCAACUACCCAGGGGCUAGAUCGGAUGCUCCUAUACGCCAGAGUGUCGAGACUCGGACCAUCGUUUUCACUCUCUUGCCUUAA